AUGGCUUAUGAUGACUUCAAGAAAAAAAAAGAAGAGUUCCUAGAGGGCGACCGAAGUGUUGACGACGCGGGGCUGGCAACUGGCAGGAUACAGCGAGAGAAAAAACGUUCCUACAAGGAUCUGCUGCAAGAGGAAGACGAGGUAGCAGCUCAGGUGAGGAAGCCCUCAGAGAAAAAGUUGAAGGACAGUGAACUCUUUCUGGGGCCAGAACCUCACAAAAAGAAGAGGAAGCACUCCUCCGAUGAGUUCUGCUACAGAGGUGUUUCACCUUUGGAUCUACCAUCAAAGAAGAAGAAAAAAGCAGUUUCUAGCCCAUCCUCAGCUGAUGCAACCAUGGAUUUACUCAAGAAUGUCACUUCACCUUUGGCCACAAGCUCAAAGUCUUCAAAGAAGACUUCUGAAAAAUCAUCUUAUUCUUCCUCUGGCCAUUCCGAAAGCAAAAAGGAGCACCACAAGAAGAAGCUGAGUGGGAGCAGUGCGGAGCACUCAGUGGAUGAUGGCAGCUUCCAUAAAUCUAAAAAAAUGAAACCUCUCUACGUGAACACAGAGACACUUACGCUUCGUGAACCUGAUGGUUUGAAGAUGAAGCUCAUCCUUUCACCAAAAGAGAAAAGCAGUGCAGCAGAUGAUGAUUCUUUCUCUUACUCUUCAGCACCAGCAGGUGCUAAGAAAUCUUCAAAGAAAUCAUCUCGAGAUGAGCAAGGCUCAUUCCUGCUGGGUCAUGAGAUGCAGAACUUCCUGAAGUCAUCUCGGAAGAAGCACAAACCACCUCCAGACCCACAUCCACCUUCUGAGAAUUUUGGUGCUGACACCUCCCUUUUUUCAGAGGGCCAUGGGAGUGAGUAUGAGAUUUCUGGUAUGGAGGCACCUCCAGAAUCUGGUUCCUCUUCUGGUGGGGAGUUGGAGGCUGGAGAGCUAGUGAUAGACGACUCCUACCGGGAAAUCAAGAAGAAGAAGAAGUCAAAAAAAAGUAAGAAAAAAAAAGACAAGGAGAAACACAGAGAGAAGAAGCACUCAAAGUCUAAAAAGAGUUCUGGGCAUGCUCCUGUGGCAGUAGCAGAAGUAACAGUGUCACCACAACCUCCUCCCAGUACCCCCUAUGGUCUUCCUCCACCUCUUCCUGCUGGAUUUUAUGCAGAUGGUCAGGAAAAAGAGAAGGAAAGAGAAAAGGAAAAGGAAAGAGAAAGAGAAAGAGAAAAACCAAAGAAGAAAAACAUGUCUGCCUAUCAAGUGUUCUGUAAGGAAUAUCGUACAACUAUUGUGUCUGAGCACCCUGGAAUAGAUUUUGGAGAGCUAAGUAAAAAACUUGCAGAAGUGUGGAAGCAGCUACCUGAGAAGGAUAAACUGAUCUGGAAACAGAAAGCUCAGUAUCUCCAACACAAGCAGAAUAAAGCAGAGGCCACCACUGUGAAGAGGAAGGCAUCAUCUUCAGAUGGUGCACCAAAAAUAAAAGCUUCCCCAACAGGAGUGGUUUCCCCUCAUAAGAAAUCCCCCACCAGCACCAUGGUGGUGUCUUCCUCACCAGCCAAAGUCCCUGAUACUGAACCUAUUGAUGUAGCUGCACACUUACAGUUGCUGGGUGAAUCUCUCAGCCUCAUUGGACACAGACUGCAGGAAACAGAGGGAAUGGUGGCUGUUUCAGGAAGUUUGUCAGUGCUUCUGGAUUCAAUAAUCUGUGCUUUGGGCCCAUUAGCCUGUCUGACCACUCAAUUACCUGAGUUGAAUGGCUGCCCUAAGCAUGUUUUGUCAAACACACUAGACAACAUCGCCUACAUCAUGCCUGGACUUUGAUGGGAAAGGAUCCUGGGAUGUACUCAACCUCUGCGUAACUGACUUGUGUACUACACCGGCACUCCCGAAGGGCUCCGCGUGUAGGGUUUUAAACUUUUAUAUCUGUAUACACAUAGGA